AUGGUUUUAUGUCUAUUACCAGUUCUUCCUCCCGAAUUGAGACCCAUCAUUCAGAUAGAUGGAGGUAAACUAAUGAGUUCAGAUAUUAAUGAACUCUAUAGAAGAGUUAUCUAUCGGAACAAUACUCUUACGGAUCUAUUAACAACAAGUAGAUCUACACCAGGGGAAUUAGUAAUGUGUCAGGAGAAAUUGGUACAAGAAGCCGUAGAUACACUUCUUGAUAAUGGAAUCCGCGGACAACCAAUGAGAGACGGUCAUAAUAAGGUUUACAAGUCGUUUUCAGAUGUAAUUGAAGGCAAAGAGGGAAGGUUUCGUGAGACUAUGCUUGGCAAACGGGUUGAUUAUUCGGGGCGUUCCGUCAUUGUCGUAGGCCCCUCACUUUCAUUACAUCGAUGUGGAUUGCCUCGCGAAAUAGCAAUAGAGCUUUUCCAGACAUUUGUAAUUCGUGGUCUAAUUAGGCAACAUCUUGCUUCAAACAUAGGAGUUGCUAAGAGUAAAAUUCGGGAAAAAGAGCCAAUUGUAUGGGGAAUACUUCAGGAGGUUAUGCGGGGACAUCCUGUAUUGCUGAAUAGAGCGCCUACUCUGCAUAGAUUAGGCAUACAGGCAUUCCAACCCAUUUUAGUGGAAGGACGUGCUAUUUGUUUACAUCCAUUAGUUCGUAAGGGAUUCAAUGCAGAUUUUGAUGGGGAUCAAAUGGCUGUUCAUGUACCUUUAUCGUUGGAGGCUCAAGCGGAGGCUCGUUUACUUAUGUUUUCUCAUAUGAAUCUCUUGUCUCCAGCUAUUGGAGAUCCCAUUUCCGUACCAACUCAAGAUAUGCUUAUGGGGCUCUAUGUAUUAACAAGCGGGAAUCGUCGAGGUAUUUGCGCAAAUAGGUAUAAUCCGUUUAAUUGCAGAAAUUUUCAAAAUGAAAAAAUGGACGCUAACGCUAAUAAGGAUAAGUAUAUGAAAGAACCCUUUUUUUGUAAUUCUUAUGAUGCAAUUGGAGCUUAUCGCCAGAAAAGAAUCAAUUUAGAGAGCCCUUUGUGGCUUCGAUGGCAACUAGAUCAAGGCCUUAUUGCUUCAAGAGAAGCUCCCAUUGAGGGUCACUUUGAAUCUUUAGAUCUCUUUGGUGCAACUAGGACUAUAGUUCCUGAAUUUCUACGCGAAUCAAGAUCGAGAAAAGGAAGUUUUCCAAGCAUUAACUCAAAUCUAUUGCCGAGCCCUAUUCAGCGGAAUAUGGAGGUAUUUAUGGCCGAACGGGCCAAUCUGUUCUUUCACAAUAAAGUGAUAGAUGGAACUGCCAUUAAACGAAUUAUUAGUCGAUUCAUAGAUCACUUCGGAAUGGCAUAUACAUCACACAUCCUGGAUCAAGUAAAGACUCUGGGUUUCCAGCAAGCCACUGCUACAUCUAUUUCAUUAGGAAUUGAUGAUCUUUUAACAAUACCUUCGAAGGGAUGGCUAGUCCAAGAUGCUGAACAACAAAGUUUGAUUUUGGAAAAACACCAUCAUUAUGGAAAUGUACAUGCGAUAGAAAAAUUACGCCAAUCCAUUGAGAUAUGGUAUGCUACAAGUGAAUAUUUGCGACAAGAAAUGAAUCCGAAUUUUAGGAUGACGGAACCCUUUAAUCCAGUCCAUAUAAUGUCUUUUUCGGGAGCUAGGGGAAAUGCAUCUCAAGUACACCAAUUAGUAGGUAUGAGAGGAUUAAUGUCGGAUCCACAAGGACAAAUGAUUGAUUUACCCAUUCAAAGCAAUCUACGCGAAGGAUUGUCUUUAACAGAAUAUAUCAUUUCUUGCUAUGGAGCCCGAAAAGGAGUUGUGGAUACUGCUGUACGAACAUCAGAUGCUGGAUAUCUUACGCGCAGACUUGUUGAAGUAGUUCAACACAUUGUUGUACGUAGAACAGACUGUGGCACCACCCGAGGGAUUUCUGUGAGUUCUCGAAAUGGAAUGAUACCGGAAAGAAUUUUUAUUCAAACAUUAAUAGGUCGUGUAUUAGCAGACAAUAUAUAUAUGGGUCUACGAUGCAUUGCCACUCGAAAUCAAGAUAUUGGGAUUGGACUUGUCAAUCGAUUCAUAACCUUUCGAACACAACCAAUAUCUAUUCGAACUCCUUUUACUUGUAGAAGUACGUCCUGGAUCUGUCGAUUAUGUUAUGGUCGAAGUCCUACUCAUGGCGACCUGGUGGAAUUGGGAGAAGCUGUAGGUAUUAUUGCAGGUCAAUCCAUUGGAGAGCCAGGUACUCAACUAACAUUACGAACGUUUCAUACCGGCGGAGUAUUCACAGGGGGUACUGCAGAACAUGUACGAGCCCCCUCUAAUGGAAAAAUCAAAUUUAAUAAGGGUUUGGUUCAUCCCACACGUACACGUCAUGGGCAUCCUGCUUUUCUCUGUUAUAUGGACUUAUAUGUAACUAUUGAGAGUCAAGAUAUUAUACACAACGUGACUAUUCCACCAAAAAGUUUUCUUUUAGUUCAAAAUGAUCAAUAUGUAGAAUCAGAACAAGUGAUUGCUGAAAUUCGCUCGGGAACAUACACUUUGAAUUUUACAGAGAGGGUUCGAAAACAUAUUUAUUCCGAUUCAGAAGGAGAAAUGCACUGGAGUACUGAUGUAUACCAUGCAUCUGAAUUUACAUAUAGUAAUGUCCAUCUUUUACCAAAAACAAGCCAUUUAUGGAUAUUGUCAGGGGGUUCGUGCAGAUCCAGUAUAGUCCCGUUUUCGCUACACAAGGAUCAAGAUCAAAUAAACGUUCCUUCUUUUUCUGUCGAAAGAGGAUAUAUUUCUAACCCUUCAGUAAAUAAUGAUAAAGUUAAACACAAAUUCUUUAGUUCAUAUCUUUCGAGUAAAAAGAAAGUAGGAUUCUUGAUUAUUCAGACCUUAAUCGAAUCAUAUGUACUGGUCAUUAUAAUUUCAUAUAUCCUGCUAUUCUCCACGAAAAUUCUGAUUUAUUGGCAAAGAGGCGAAGAAAUAGAUUUAUCAUCCCAUUCCAAUCGAUUCAAGAAAAAGAACUAA